CUAGGUCACAGAAACAAAAUUUGGAGUUAUUUUAUCUGGCUCAAAAUGUUUUGGCUCAGCAAUUUGCUGCAUUAGAUAUCUUUUUGUGCUUAUUUUUUUUUGUGAAUUCUACAAUUUGUAGCAUUGAGCUAAACUGACAUUCGUUUUAGUUAACUUACAUUCCUGGAUGUUUUUAAACUGAUAUUAUUUCCAUAAGUUCAGGUUUAUACUUGGCUUUAUCAGAAUUGAGAAUAUGCAGAACAUGUGUUGGAGAAGUGCCCAUUUGGUUUUAUGAAAUAAUAUUCAUGUUGAUUGCAUUUUGUUAUAGAAACGCGCAAAGAAACUAAUGUUUGAUCAUGUCGUUGAGAGGCUCUGUUAUGAUAGUUCUUUGACAAAGUGGUCACAUUCCACAUGAAGAAGAACCCGUAGUACCAUGUUUUACCAUCUCUAUCGCCACUCUGUUUGGCUUUUGCUUUCUUUUUAUUUUCCUGCUCUGAGUACUCGCCCCCUCAUGUUGUACAUGUAAAUGUUUGUUCUUUCUUUUGAACUAAAAAAUCUGAAUAUAUAAGCUGAACCAUGCUUCCUACAAACUUGAUUAUUAUCUGUUUGGGAAUAUCAUUGGGACCGGCACCCCGCGCCAAGGCGUGGUACCAAUCUAGUUAUAGAGGUUGAUGAUGCCUCCUGGUGAACUUAAUAUCUCUCGACAGCUCCGACGGCUCAGAUCUCCACCAUGGCCUUCCGACGGAUAGAAACCGUGCCCGAAGGAAGGGCACGUGUCGGCUGCAAGACCAAGGUUCCCGUUCAACUCCAGAUAAGAGUACGAUACGAUCCGAGUUGUACUACCAUCUGCCAUGGCGAAAGCGAAACGCAGCGAGAGGCGUAGAGUAGCACGCACGCCGCCGCCGCCGCCCUCUUCGUCUUCUCCACUGCUAACCCAACAGACGACGGAACCCAAAUCGCGCAAAUUCCAAUCCGGCCUCCAACAAGCAACCCCGCGGAAGCUCUGCCCGUUGGUGUGUCUCCUUGGUUCCUCGCGCCCGAUUCUCCCGAUCCGGAGCAAGCAAGCGUGGCCGCGUGCCCCGCCUUGCCGCAGAUCGGGGAGUUAAGAGAACCCCAGGCAAGACCAGAGCGGCAGCAGUUGCGGUUGUUGUUGUGGCUGACAGAGAGAUGGCCGGGGGAGGGAACAGGAGAGGGGCCGGCGCCGAGGAGCUGAGGAUCGGCAGCGGCAACGUGUUCGCGGCGCUCGAGACGCUCAAGAAGAAGAAGCCGGCGGCAGCCGAGAAGAAGCAGGCGCCGGUGGUGGAAAAGCCGGAGGUGUUCUCGACGCCCGCGCCGCUCACGGCCAAGUCCUGGGCCGACGUUGAGGACGAUGACGAUGACGACUACUUCGCCACCACCGCCCCGCUGUGCCCCGUGCGGGAGGCCCAGGGGGACGACGCUGAUGCCGGCCACGAGGACGACAAGGAGCACUCUGCCCUUGAACAGGAAAUUGAGAGUGAAGAUGAUAGCCUUGAUGAUGAGGUUGAUGCUGCUGCUGAGGAUGAACAUGAAGCAGGAGAUGCUGUCCCUUCUGAGCCGGCAGUUCAGAAAGCUGUAGCUCCACUAGUACCUCCUAAAGAUACCGAAAGACAGCUCUCCAAGGAGUUAAAGAAAAAGGAGUUGGAAGAGCUUGAUGCUGUAUUGGCUGAGUUGGGAAUUUCACAUGAAUCAAGUAAUGCUACUCAAGAUGAAACAAAUGACAAGGAAGGUAUGGGCCAGGCUGCUGAAGCAGGGAAAAAGGAAGAUGCAUCCGCUCCUCUGGAGAGUAAGACCUCCAAGAAGAAGAAAGCUAAGAAAGACAAGUCUUCAAAGGAGGCAGAAGAAACACUGGAUCAGAACAAUGUGGUCGACAAUGCUGCUGGUGUAGAACCUGAUGAAGAUGUUGCUUCAGUGGAUGUCAAGGAGCGCAUAAAGAAAGUAGCAUCAAUGAAGAAAAAGAAAUCGAGCAAAGAGAUGGACGCAGUAGCAAAGAUUGCAGCAUCUGAGGCGGCCGCUAGGAGAGCAAAGCUUGUGGCAGCGAAGAAGAAAGACAAGAACCACUAUAAUCAGCAGCCCCUGCGGUGAAUUACUGCUCAGAUUAUGCAAUUCCUUAGAUACUGUGCGCCUCCACUAGGAGGAGGCCACCCUCUGGUGCGCAUCUUGGAAUUCUCUAUAGAUGGACUUGUUGUGUGCUGAGCUCUGAAUUGUUCAUGACAGAAACCCUUUUGAAUACUCCCUCCGUGGUGAAAUACUUGUCAGCGAAAUGGCUAGACAUAUUUUAGUUCUAGAUACACCCAUCUUUAUCCAUUUAUGCGACAAGUAUUUUCGGACCGAGGGAGUACAUGGUAAAUGUGGGUAUUUCGUACUACA